AUGUCUUCAAAUCGCAAGACAAAAGUGGCUUGUAAGGCUUGUAAUCUUCGCCGGGUUAAAUGCGACCGGACCGAGGACAGAGCUUGCACCAACUGUCGAGUGUCUAGACAGGAAUGCCAGCCCAUCCUCUCGCGACGUGGAAAAUACAAACGUUCUCAUAUCAAACGAGAUCAGAUUGGAGCAGCUGUCCAUUCUCAAGAUGGGAGCCAUUGUAGUCCAAGGACGCAACCCCUACGCGCUCAAGAAGAGACCAACCAUCAAAAUCCGACACUCUUCGGGACAACUGGGGAAAAGUCUUGUGGAUGUGACCAACCGCACAGUCCAGAGCUGAAUCACAGGGCCGAUGACCCAGGUCGUUGUAAGGAGAUGGUGUACUACGGAGACUCUUUCAAUCUCAACUACGUUCUACGUGAAAUGGGGAACCCGUUCCAGGGUGGUUUUGACAGCACCUCCUUGACGCUUAGCAUCGAACAGUUGUAUCUCGACCGCUUAGACCAACCGACGAAGGAAUAUCUCAACGCUCAUGAACAUAGUGAGCGCCUCCGAUUACAAGAAAUGGGCGCAGUCCAGCGUCUCGACAAGGAGAUAAGCGACGCCCUUAUCCAGGCAUUCUUCGCUGUAGUGUAUCCGAUCAGUCCCAUCUUCGAUCUGUCAGAGUUCCGCACCAAGUACAAGGCAGAACAGAUUUCUCCGCUUGUUUUACAAGCGAUGUAUUUCGUGGCAGCGGCUCACUGUGAGUAUUCAUGGAUUGAAAAAGCGGGAUUUGCCAGUCGGUAUAUGGCUACCUUUACAUUUUAUCAAAGGGCGAAGGAAUUGUACGAUGCGAACUAUGAAUCGGAUGCUAUUGCUACAGUGCAGGCCCUAUAUCUCCUGUCCUAUUGGUGGGGUAGUCCGCUGGAGCAGAAGGAUACAUGGCACUGGACAGGGCUUGCUGUUGGCCUUGCGCAAACUCUCGGUUUGCACCAGAGUAAGACAUAUGCAGGUCUGCCACGAACGCAACAGAAGUUGUGGAGACGUCUCUGGUGGACGAUCUAUAGUCAUGAUAUCCUUAUGGCAGUCGCCUUGGGGAAUACUCCGCACGUCAAUGAAGCCUAUUGUAGCGUGCCCUUGUUGUCUGAGGCAGAUACUGAGGACGACGAAGUCGACGAGGAUGACUCGCAGUGUACACAGCUGUUCGGAAGUUGGACUCAAGAAAGUCGUCUGUACCCCGUGUAUUUUGCGGACUUGGCCAAGCGCAGUAGCCAGUGCCUCAUAGCCCUCUUUGGUGCCAACUUGGAUGAGUCCACCAUACAAAACAGCCUUACCAGAGUCUCUUCAUGGCAAAGGACCCUUCCCCCAGUCCUACAGGCGGCUACCGCCCCGAUUUCCUUACAAAACGGCUAUUGGACGUCUUUGAUCCACCUGACUUACAAUACAUGCCAGAUUCUCCUACACAGGAACGGGUUGCAUUGCCCAGGUCAUCUGAAGAUUGGAUCGCUGCCUUCUGACGCUGCUGUCAAUAUUGUGCGGAUCCUCGAGGAUAUGAUGUCUUCUGAGGUUCUUACUGUCUCAUCCCUACGAGUACUACCGGCUGUGUUCGCCACUCUCAGCGUCCAAAUAGCGAACAUAAGUGGAAACUACCCGGAAGGAACCGAAAUAUCAAAGCAUCGAGCUCGCUUCUGUAUGCUCGUCCUGAAAACAUUGCAAGAUCGGUGGCCUCCGCUCCUUUGGUAUUAUUCUAUAUUCCUACGAAUCUUGCGCAAAAUGGGCUGUGAAAUUCCAGAUGAUGAGAAACAUAACACUCGUUCUCCCCAGGAUCGCUCCAUGGGAGCAUCAGACACGGCUAAACCGCUUCCUCAUGUUCAGUGGAGGCAGCCGCAAUCCAGCAACAUUUCUGACUCCCCUUGCGGAUCAUUUUCGGCGGAAACAAUGACAGAGGAGGCCGAUCCUGGGGCCAUGGACUAUUUUCCUUUCUCGAGCUUCUUGAAUGACAGUAUUCUUGGACAAGCUAAUAACCCGUUUGACCAGGCGGGCAAUGCUUAA